AUGGGUUUGGUUCGCCAGGUCCAGGAGGUUUCCUUACAUCCGGACCAGGAGGAUGAAAUGGUGUGGGUAGGGUCUUCAUCGGGAGUUUUCUCAAUCGAAGACGGGUGGGAGGCCCUGCGGCAGAAAAGAAAUCUCUCUAGGGCUGAUAGGUUCAUAUGGAAUAGAGUCCUGCAGCUCAGAAUCUCCUUCCUAGUGUGGAAAGUGCUGCGUAAUAUGGUUUCGGGGGAUGUAAAUUUGCAAUGGCGGGGCAUCAAGCUGGUGUCUCGGUGCUGCUGUUGCUCCUUGCAUGAAGAGUCCUUGACUCACCUAUUUCUCGACGGGGCAGUAGCGGAGCAGGUUUGGGGUUUCUUUCGAAGACGGUUUGGAAUUCUUCAUACUAGUUCCCCCUCAAUCUCGGCGGAGUGUCUCUCUUGGUUUGCUUCUACUUCAUCAGUCUCGGCAAAUCAUAUACGGACUGCUCUCCCAUGUUUAAUUUUAUGGUGUCUUUGGCAAGCACGGAACAAGUCAAGGUUUGAGGGGACUCGGAUGGAGCCGCAGGGGCUUAUUUGUGCGGUGGGCAGUGAGGUGGAGCAGUUGGGGAGGGCAAAUUUAUGGUCCUUGGCGCACUUCAAGGGUGACUCGAAUGAUCCAUGGGUGUUAUUUGCUGCUUGGCGGCCACAGGCAACACGACGGUUGCUGAUUUCUUGGAAGCCACCGCCACAGGAUGUCAUCAAGUUGAACACAGAUGCUAGUGUUUCAGGUAGGAGGGUAUCGGGAGGUGGCUUGCUGUGGGACCAUGAUGGUGGCUUGAUCUUUGCAUUCUAUGAGGAAUUCGGGGAUGUUGACGUGCUGACUGCCGAGAGUUAG